GGGUUACGUCACUUCCGGCAUGCCUGCACCUAGGCCCGCCUCCGACGCGGCCGUAACCUAGGGCAACAGCCCGGCUCUUGGGGGCCGCGACUUGCCGCUCCGGACCUUCCUUACCUCGCGGCCCCGUAGGAGCGUCUGAGUGGCUGUGGCCACGUCCUCACCCCGGGGAACACUCCCUAGACACUUCACGGGCGGCAGAGCCGCGGAAGGAAGCAAUCUUCAGGGAAGAAGAUGUUAAAAACCAUAAGCAAUCACCCUAGUAAUGGAUGUCUGUGAGGAAAGCGAGACUUUUUUAGAAAAUACAGAAAAUCAGAAAAUUGAAGCUACGGAAGAGACGGCACCAACUUUACAUUGUCCGGACGAGAAAAGUGAAAGGAGUCAUGUCUGCUGCCUUCUUGGUGUCAGCGACCUCACACUGGAAGAGGAUGGGAGGGCCAGCGAGUGUGCCAUCAGCACCGGGUGGGAGGAAGCUGUGAGUGCCGCCUUGGGUCUUUCUCACCUUCGUGUCUACUAUGGGGCUUUUUCCAAAGUAGUUUGUAUUACUGAUAGUGUUGUAGUGAAUGUAGGAGCCUUGGGACGGAGGAGAAACAGCGACACAGCGUGUGCUCACGGGCACCCAUAGAUGGUCUGUCAACAUCUCCACAGCCAUCUGGGACCUCGUGCUGGGAAGGAGGCUGCAGAGCACCCAGAGGUGAAACGUGGCACCCAGAGAUCACGAACUAGUAACUGGGCACAGCGGGCUGGAAAGCUCCUGAGAGACCCACAGGCUCUGUUCUCCUGGCUCUCUAGAGCCUCUGGUUUCUCAGAUCCAGGAGUGGAAGCCAGCACUGAGACCUCUAAGGCAGGUGCCUCGCUAGCACAGUUUUAUAAGGAAUGUGGGGCUUGUGACUUGCAGUGGGCCAGCAAGUUGGCUCAGCAUGUAGAGACACCUGCAGUGCAAGUCCUGGAGACCUGGUGCCCACAUACAGGAGGAAGGAGAGGAGCGACUGCACAGACUUGCCUCUGACUGUCGCACUCACACCCUCGCACGCUCGUCCAUGCGUAGAUCAUACACAGCUGUGUCCAUGGCUGGGGAAGGACCUCACCAACUGCCUGCAUCUGGUCAAAGAAGAAAGUGAAAAGGGGGAGGGCCAGAGAAGGCACCAAUGGUGGCAACGACUGCUUGUUCUGUAUGAGUCUUUCCCAAGGGAGUCUGGAGCCCCGGUCCCUCUUGGAGGUUGGGAAACUGGAGGCGGGUGCUGAGGCCGAGGUGAGCACCCAGAAGAGCUGGAGCUCUGAGAAGAACUGGAGCGGCCUCUCCCAGGGCCCCGGCACUGCUUCCAGAGAGCAGUCUAACAAACUCUGCAUUCCCACCGACGUGCAUGGAGAAAAAAAAAGCCUGCAACUCAAGGAGUUUAUCUGGUGCAUGGAGGAGUGGCCUAUGCCCGAGACAGUUAGCAGCAAGGCCGGCAGGAACCCCAGCGGAAGCCCCGAGCAAGGGCUCUCCACCCCUGACUCCCUUGCAGCCAAGGCUCUUGUGGUUCUUCCCCCGCUGAAAAGCUCUCCCCACAACUUGGACGUCCUGAGUAAGAAAAGCAGGAAUAUUUUCUGGCAGCCGGAAGAAAAGGUGCUGAGGGUGGAAAAAGACGAUUGUAUGGCUUGUGCAGAUGGACUGAAAGGAGUAGACGGGAAAGGUGAAAAGAGACACUUUGAGCUGGCCAGCCACGUGAAGGUCACCAACGUACUGCCUUUCCCACCCACUGCGGCCCAGACCCACCUGCUGUCAGCCGAGUCCCAAAGGUGCUGCCUGCACUGGUCCCUCCUGCCCCAGAAAAGCACUGUGUUCCCACCUAACCCCAGCGACAUCCACUACCUUGCCACCCUGCAGGUUUUGGGGCAACAGGGAAAGCAAAGCUGCAGAACUAGGCUCAAAACCAAGGACACAAAACCUCCCAGGACCACUGCCAAGCAUAUUAUCACAGAGGCCAAGCAGCAAAACAGGCCCCACGUGCUAGAAAGCAAAGUCUUCCCUAAACCUCUCUUGCCAUCCCUCACAGUGAGCAGAGUUGUCAUCCCCGUCUCCACCCACAGAGUACUCUGAUUUGCCACAAUAUAAUUCCCUGGGACUGAGUGCUGCCUGAAACUCAUUUGUCCCUUCCUGUCUUACCUUCUCCUUCUGUUUCCACUCCUCAAUCAAACCUCCCCUCCCCUCCCCAUCUUCUCCACUCCUCACCCCAUCCUUUAUCCUCCCCCCCCUUUUUUAGUGGGUUUGGAUUCAUUCUCAAAAACAGUAUAUUGAGGUAGGCAGGUGUGGUGACACACCUGUAUUUCUAGCAUUUGGGAGACUGGAGCAGGAGGAUACCAAAUUCAAGGCCAGCCUGGACUAUACAAGACACUGUAUGCAUGUUACCUGCUUCUGCUGCUAAGCCAUUUAUAAACUCUAAGGUGGGUCAGCCUGGGUCUGCCUUCUUGGACAGUGGCUCCCAUGGAGGGAGGCGGAGCAUCGGAAAGGCACAUGGCUGCUCUCACCCCAGCCCCAGAGCCUCCCUACAGGGCUUCUGCUCCCAGCAGAGCCCCAGCUGAGUGCAUGCUCAGCUUAGGGAGGCACCAGCUUGUAUUUGAAUCAGGCAGCUGUUGUCUUUUCUUUCCCUCAACAAUGAUGUAAGACACUUGAGGAGUGGAAAGUCCCAGCUCUAUCCUAGUGGAUACACCAGUGUCCAAGGUGACAUAUCUUUGUCUUGCAUCCAGAGACAUUGUCCAGUACCUCCCCUGCCUAGGGUGUCACAUCUUCAUAUUGCAGCCUCAAGCAUCUCUGUGAAGACUAGAAGGCUUAUUAGUCACAGAGUAAUAAAAGCCUGAAGAGGAGGUUAGGAAUUGGUUGGUCGGGAGAACCCCUCACUGAUUGCUCUGACCUGACCUCCCUCCCUUCAUCAGCCUUCACUUGCCUCUGGGAAGCCUGGGCUGUGGACACAGAGGAAGGAAAUGCUGUUGUUACUUUAUCCCUGCCUUCCCCCGCCCUCAGCUUGUUUCCACCCGUGUGUAGCUCCGGACAUUACCAGUGCUGGUGAUAGGUGGACAGAUGCUUCAACCAUUUUGUGGUACUCAGUAAUCAUUAAAUUGCUUUGUAAUAGCUUAGUUUGAAUUGCUUAGAGUAGGCUGUAUUUGAACUCAGAUUUCCCCAUCUCCUUGGUGAUGACAGCAUAUGACUGUAUUCUCUCUUGUUUUAAGUUUACGAUUAGCAUUGCUCUCUAAGAUCUCAUCUGUUAGCCAGAGGCUUUUUGGUUUGUUUUAUUUUCAUUGUUUCUGGUGUCUUGGUUUCCUCUAACUCAUACUGGCCUGGAGGUAACUUUGAACUGAUCCUCCUGCCUCAGCCUUCCAAGGGCUUAGAUUAUAGGCACGUGCCAAUGUCUAGCCUUCUGAAAAACAAAAACUAAACUGCUAGCCAGGAAUGGUUGUAUAAGCCUGCAGAAAACACACAGAAAACCAAAACAAAGCCAGAGUACGAAGGUAAAGGAGCGAAAGGUCACAGCACAGGGUAAGAAGAGAAUGCGCUGGCUGGGGCAGCUCGAGAAGAGUUUGUUAGAGUCCUUUUGUCCACUCUUCCUCUUCCAAAUAAACCACCUGGAUUCUAUCCCAAAGAGAAA